AAAGACCGGGGGCAUACAUGGAGAAAGGGCUAUGGGGAAGACUUGGAGAGGAAAGCCUUUGAGUUAUACGAUGCCAUUCUACCUCUGUACAAACAACUUCAUGCUUACGUUCGUAGACGACUUCAUCAGGUGUUCGGCGACCACGUUGAUGUUAAGGGUUAUCUUCCAGCUAAUCUUCUGGGUGAUAUGUGGGGUAGCUACUGGGUUAACCUGUAUCCGAUGAUGGUACCCUAUCCAGAUAGACCAAGUAUUGAUAUCACCCAGGCAAUGGUUGAACAGGGUAUAAGCGGCACGCAGAUUUUCCGGAUAGCGAACGAAUUCUUCAUUUCUUUAGGAAUGCUACCUGUGAAUGACGGAUUCUGGGAGAAUUCUCAGUUCGUCUACCCUGAUGAUGGUCGUGAGGUCGGAUGUCAUCCGUCUGCUUGGGACUUUGGUAAUGGAGUUGAUUUCAGGAUUGCCAUGUGCGCUAGAAUCACUAUGCUUGAUUUCUUGAUUGCACAUCAUGAGAUGGGUCAUAUUCAGUAUUACAUGCAGUAUAAAGAUCAACCCGAGGUGUUUCGACAGGGUGCCAAUGGAGCAUUUCACGAGGCGAUAGGCGAGGCAAUCUUCCUCUCAGUGGCGACGCCAAAACAUCUUCAAGAGAUUGGUUUUCUACAUGACGUGGACCAAUCAGACACGAAAUCUGACAUUAACUACUUAUUUAGAAAUGCUUUGAUGACGAUCGGUAGUCUCCCUUUCAGCCUUGCUUUAUCCAAAUGGAGAUGGGAUUUGAUGAGAGGGGUCUAUCACGUCAACGAUUCCAACGACGUUUGGUGGGAGAUCAAGAAUGAUCUUCUUGGCGUGAAAGCCCCUAUAGAAAGAAGCAAUGAUGAUUUCGACCCCGGAGCCAUGUACCAUUUUGUUAUUGAUUAUCCUUACAUUGGAUACUACAUUCGAACAAUAAUCCAGUUUCAGUUCUACCAGGCAUUGUGUAGAGCAGCCAAUCACACCGGACCUCUUCAUACAUGUGACUUCUACAGAUCAAAGGAAGCAGGAGAGAAAUUAGCUAAUAUGUUAUCGAUGGGAGCUAGCAUGCCUUGGCCAGAAGCAAUGGAGGCUCUCACUGAUCAGAGAGAGAUGAAAGCAGACGCCAUCUUGGAAUACUUUCAACCUUUGAUGGAAUGGCUGGAGAAAACCAACGAAAAGAAUGGAGAGUUCAUUGGGUGGCCAAGUACGUCAGCCACUCCCACAGGUUCUACACGGAGUGCUACGUCAGGCAACACAUCUUUCCUAAUCUCACUACUGAGCGUGGUCUCGAUAAUCAUUAGGGUUGCAUGAUGCCACCAGACAGUGAGGGUUGCCAUUGCAUAUCCGGAGCGGGUGGGGCGGGAAGAACAAGUCUUUUACAUUGUUUUAGGGUGGGGCUACAUGUCUGUUGUGUUCAUGUGUGGGUAAGUAAGAUCAGAGAUUAUGAAUGUAGCUGAUUCCUCUUAGGGGGGGGGGGAUCAGAACUUUAAACGCUUAAUAUGAACGCAGCAGAAGCAGGGGUUUAUCAUAAAUAUUUAGUAGGCCUCUGAUUAUCAUCAUCCACAAAAAAAUGUGAUCUAAGGUUUGAUGAUAAAUUGCACUAAUUAACUAUAUACAGCUUAUUUUCCCUAGAAUUUGCAAAUGCAUCAGUGCUGAUAAGUGAUAUUGGAAGUGCGAUUUAUUUCUCCUUUGGUCUAAAAUUUUUCUCUAUAUGAUGUCUGAAACUGGUAUACACCAAUUUUGUUUAUAUGAUACGUUGUUAUGCUGCCAAUUCGAAGUGAAAGUCACUAUACAUUCUUUCAUGGCGCUCAUGUUUGUCUGUUUAUAAUUAUCUUUAAGUGGCCCGCAUAUUGCUCUGGGGGGCGUUUCAUGAAAGGACUUGUCGGACGUUUUAUCCGACAAGUCCCAUUUUAUCCGACAGUUACCAUAGGAACAGUGCCUCUCUGCCAAUCAAAAUCAUGGAAAGAUGUCAGAUCUGACAACUUGUCGGAUGAAAAUAUUGAUGAAACGCUCCCCAGAUAUCUGGGUUUACAAAUGUGUCAAUUUCUGAAAAGACGUUGGUUUUGUUUGCCUGUUUAUUGUAACAUAUCAUACUGAAUAUUUGUUUUGCAGGUGAACUUGUUUACUCUCGUUUGCAUUUUGUUUACUAUUUUGUACACUCUCAAUGUAAAGAGCAUAAUAUCUGAUUAUACAGAAAAAAUUAUAACUCAUAAAUGAAAUUAACAUAUAUUUUUCUAAUUAGUAUGUUAUGAAACAUAAAUAGGCCUGAUAAAUCGGAGCAAAUUUCGCGAUUGGAUACCUUAUCUAGAAUUGGAUUAUCUUGGUUUAGACUACGGAGAUGAACAUAAUGAAUGGCUGAGUGGAUGAAUAGAAAAUCUGAUAAUAAAGCACAUAUCCAGGCCACGACUAAUUUGAGUGAAAACGAAACAAAAUUUCAAUGUAAGAAUUAUCAUCCGUACCAUGACCUUAAAGGGGAAUCCAACCUUGCGCGUAAAAUGUUGUUGGAAAGGGGAAAAAUGUAUAAAAAAGAGAAUGGUGAAAAUUUGAAAGAAAUCAGACAAGCAAUAAGAAAGUUAUAGCUGCUUUAAAAUCAAGAUCCCUAAGACUAGAUUUCAAAUUCGCAACUGGGUAAUUAAAUUAUGACAAGGGGCAAGGACAAUUUUCCCAUAGGCCAUGUACUUAAUUAUCAGGGAUGAAUGGUUUUAUCCUUAAGUACACAUUCCCCUGGGGCAGUAAUAUUACCCAGGUAGUAUAUUGUUUUAUGUUCUCAUGAAAUAAAAAUAUAAUUUGAAGUAAAACUUUUGGAUUUCUGUUUUUAGCCAUUUCAUGUAAUGGAGUACAUGGAAGAGUAGUCAUUGCCUAACAUCACUAUGACAUCAUAUAUGCGGCCAAUUUGAAGUCUCUUUUGCGUAUAAUGAUUACCAGUAUUUCAACUUUUAAAAAUUCAUAAUUUUCUUAUUGUUUGUACCUGUCAACUUGUCUGAUUUUUCUUUUUCGUCUAAAACAAGUGUUUAGUUGGGUUGGAUUCCCCUUUAAGGGCUGUUUGGGCAAUUUAGAAUAAGAGAUUAUCAUGACAAUGGAGUAGGGAUAUUCUUAAAUGUACAAAUACACGCAUAA